AUGGCCCUCUUUGAACUUAUAAAAGAUAGAGCAAUAACUACAUUCAACGAGGUAAUAUUAGACAAAAAAUUAGACGGAGAAGGAUUAUCAAAGGAACAACAAUUUUGUAAAAAAUUCAAAAUACCAGAUAGUCAAACAUUGUUGAAUGAUGCCAAUGUUUAUUUAACUCAUCAUUCGGAAUUGAAUAACUCCAGUAAGUUGUAUGAAGAUUCAGAAGAUUUGAAAUUUCAAGGAAGAUUACAUCUAACCCAACAAUUCCUAAUUUUUAAAGACCAACAUGAUCCAAGAGAUUGUUCAUUUGUACUUCAUUUAUCAACCAUCAAAAAGGUAGAAAGAGAACCUUCUUCUUUUGAUUUUAAUUUUGUGUUGGUUUUAACAACAGUCAGUAAAAUUCGAAUAAAUCUUUACUUCAAUGGAAUAAGAUCAGAAAAUGAAAAAUUUGCUCAAAGUUUAUCCACUGCUUUAAAAAAGAAUCAACCAAAUAUUAAAAAAUUACCAAAUUUUCUAAAUACCUGUUACUCAGAGUAUAUCUUAUCUAAAAAUAACAUGACAAAUGAAAAAAUCGAAAAAUUACCUGACGGAGGAUUGGGAUUGGAAUUUAAAUUUCCUGGCAAUUCGAAAGAAGCGAGAGACAAAACCAAAUUGAAAUUGUGGUUUGAUGAAUAUCUCGAAAAUGGUAGAAAUUUAUCUAUGAUAAAAAAUUCUAUGUUUUAUAAAUUGGUAAGGGUUGGAUUACCUAAUAAAUUACGAGGAGAAGUAUGGGAAUUAUGUAGUGGAUCAAUGUAUAUGAGAUUAGAAAAUCAAGGAGAAUAUCAGAAACUAUUAGAUCAGAACCAAGGCAAAUCAUCGUUUGCAAUUGAGGAAAUUGAAAAGGAUUUAUACAGAUCUUUACCAGAAUAUGCCGCUUAUCAAAAUCCAAUUGGCAUAAAUAGAUUGAAGAAUGUAUUGGUUGCUUUUUCAUGGAAAAACCCUGAAGUAGGGUAUUGUCAAGCAAUGAAUAUUUUGACAGCUGCUUUAUUGAUUUAUAUGUCAGAAGAACAAGCAUUUUGGUACUUGAAUGUAAUAUGUGAAAGAAUACUUCCUGGAUAUUAUUCUAAAACCAUGUAUGGGACAUUACUUGAUCAAAGAGUGUUUGAGUCAUUAGUGCAGCAAACAAUGCCGAUAUUGUGGAAUCAUAUUACCAAAAAUGAUAUACAACUAUCAGUUGUGUCUUUACCUUGGUUUUUGUCAUUAUACUUUUCAUCAUUGCCAUUAGUAUUUGCAUUCAGAAUUAUGGACAUAUUCACAAUGCAAGGACCAAAAACUUUAUUUCAAGUUGCAUUGGCUAUAUUAAAAGUAAAUGGUGAAGAGCUUCUAAAAACCGAAGAUGAUGGUACGUUUGUUUCUAUAAUUAAAGAAUAUUUUUUAUCUUUAGACAAAUCAGCAUUUCCAAACUCACCACAAUUGAAAUAUAGAAACACAACGAAAUUUCAAGAGUUAUUACUAGUGUCAUUUAAAGAAUUUUCAUCAAUUACGGACGAGGUAAUAAACACUCAUAGAAAUAGACAUAGAGAUUCAAUACUUCAAAAUAUAUCAACUUUUGUGAAAAGAACUGAAAUUAGACACCUACCUAAGACUAAAAAUAUUCCACAACCUCAUCUUGACAUAUUAUAUGAUAGAUUCUAUUCGCUGGUCGAAGAAAAAAAUCGUAUAAAAGGAUCAGGAUCAAGUACAAUGGAUUAUAAAGCAUAUUUGAAAUUUAUGUCCGAAAUAUGUGAUUGGGUAGAAGGUGAUUCUGACUUUUUAAAUAGAUUGUUCAAAUCAUGGGAUGUUGAAAAAGUUAAUCAAUUGACGUUUAGUGAAUUAGUUAUUGGAUUAAAUAGUCUAAUCGAUCCAGAUUUAAUGACUUCGAUGUCGAAUUUUUUCCAAUUGUACGAUACAAAUAAUGAUGGAAAAAUAGAUAGAGAGGGGAUAUUACGAAUAUCGGAAGAUUUACUUGAUAUAACGACUCCAUGGAAAGAGGGUCAUUUAUUAGAUGAUAUAACCAGAGCAGCUGUAGAUGAUGAAGUGGCAGAAAAUUUAAUUAGACAAUCAAAUGGUAAAAAUGAUGAAGUCAUAGAUUUACCACCACAUAUGGAAGUAGAUAGAGAAAAAAUUGCUGCUCAACAAGCUGAAAGGUAUCUACAAGCUGCUAGUAAUUUCAUAAAUAGAGCUUUUGAAUAUGCUCAACCAGAAGAAGAAGAAAUAUUACUAAAGGAUUUAGCAAUUGAUAAUAAAUUAUCACAUAAUGCUGCUUUAGAUCCAAAUCAUCCAGUAUAUUUAAAUUUACCUACAUUUCGAAUGGUGAUAUUAGCUGAUGAAACGUACGAGCUUUUAUUUAGUGCUACAUUCAGGGACUCGAUACAUUUAGAUAGAGAAUUAAAUGAUUCAAAAUUUAUAAGAAAUUUAAGAGAUAUGUUUGAUGGUUUAUUAGCAGAUGGUAAAAAAGUUGCAACAAAAGUAAGAAUGAGAAUGGAUUCAAGAGCUUCUCAAAUGACUAAUAAUUCAAGUGGAUCAUCUAUAAAAUCUAAAUCAAAUACUAGUAAAGAAGAAGAAGAUGAAGAAGAUGAAAGAGAUGAUGAUUUUGGAAUUAUUUCAAUAGAUGAAAAAGAUAAAGAUUUGAUUUUAGCUACAGAAGCUCAAUCUUUAAAAGAUCCAUUAAAAAGAGGUUCUACACAAGAACGUAUAAAACAAUUCCACAAACAACCAGAAAUUAAUAGAAGUGAAAGUUUAAUUGAAUUUGAAACUUAA